AUGAGGCACAUGCAUCAAGAAAUGAGAUCCAACAUGCAAAAUCAAGGAGCUGCAAAUAAAAAACUUGAAACACAAGUGGGAUAUCUUUCUCAGCAAAUACCCAAACCCAUAAAUAGUUUCCCAAGUGAUACUGAAAAUAAUCCUAGGGGAGAAGCAAAGAUCAUGAAGUGGGAAGAAUGCAAGGCAAUCAUCCUGAGGAGUAGGAAGAUUUUGGAAGAAGAGGCCACCAAGCGGGAAGAUCAUAAUAAAGAAGCCCCAACAAAGGAGUUGGAGGAGCAAAAGCAAGAAGGAAACAAAAGCACACAAAAUGAUGAUUCAAUGAAGCAGGAGGCCAUGAAGCCCUUUGUGCCAAAAACUCCUUACCCCCAAAGAAUCUCUUCAACAAAUGCCACUGUACAUCAAGUUCAUGAAGGAAUUGCUACCAAAGAAAAGUCCCUUGAAUGGAGGACAAACUAUUGUGAUGACCAAGGAGUGCAGUGCUCUCAUCCAAAGAGAGUUGCUAACAAAGAAGAAGGACACGGGAGCUUCCAUAUCCCAUGCACCAUAGGCAACAAGACAAUUGACAGAGGAUUCUGUGACCUUGGAGCAAGUAUAAAUCUCAUGCCCUUGUCCUUGAUGAAGAAGCUCCAAAUUACUGAAUUGCAGCCCACACAAAUAGCCCUCGAAUUGGCUGACAAAUCCUAUUUUGUCAUUCUUGACAUGGAGGAAGAUUACCAUCACCCCAUCAUUUUGGGAAGACCUUUCUUAGCUACAGCUAGAGCAUUGAUAAAUGUUGAAAGGGGAGAAUUGGUGCUGAGAGUGCAUGAUGAACAGUUAGUCUUCCAUGUUUUCAAAACCAUGCAUGAUUUUCCUCAAGAGAAUGAUUGUAUGAAGAUUGAUUCCGUAGAUACAAACUUGAAGGAGGCACCUAAUGAGUCACCUCCAGAACUCCUAAGUCCAUGCUUGAAAGAGAAGAAAGAAGUAGAGGAGGUGCAACAAGUUCAAGAAGUCAUGAAAACUAAGGAAGACUAA